GGCCUCUGUGUGGUCCGCAGCUCCGACCCCGGACCCCCGAGGACGCGAACGGACGCCGCCAGCGCCUCGGGCGCCACUCAGGCCACCGAGGCUCCGCCCCCACCCUGCCCACCAUGGCCACCAACCUGUGGCUCCUCCUGGGGCUGCUGACAUCACAGUCUUCAGAGCUGGCUGCCACCCGCGAGGCCCCGCCCACUGUUGUGACCACGCUCAUCCGGAACCUGCGCAUCGACCCCGCCCAUCGCACACUGAGCUGGGACCCCGCCCCCAGCACUGACAUCACAACAGAGUUUGCCUGCAGGAAGGACGGGGACCUAUUUUCGGCCGACCCGGGGCUUACCCGCUGCUCGUUCCCGUCGCUCUCCCUCUGCCGCUCGACCGACUUUGCCGUCCUCCUGGGGGAGGACAGGGUGGAGGUCGGAUCCAUCCGGUUCCCCCCAGAUGACGGUGGCGACCGCGAGGCUGCGGCCAAGGACCUGCGCUGCUGGGUGCAUGACGUGGGGCGGCUGAGCUGCCGCUGGGAACGGGGCCCCAGGGCUGCGGGCGAUGUGCGCUACCGGAUGUUCUGGCGUGACACGCAGCUCGAUCCCACCCAUGACCGCGAGUGUCCACACUACCACAGCGAUGAUGUCACUGCCACUGGCCCCGCCCCUCAUGGUGGCCAUGAAGGGUGCACCCUCGACCUCGACCCUGACCUUGGCUCUGACACCCAGGUCGAUGUCACUGUCAACGGCAGCGGCCAUGCGGGCCCCGUGCCCUGCAUGGAUGACACCAUGGACCUGCAGCAUGUGGAGGUCCUGGUCCCGCCCACGCUGAAGGUCGAGUGCAGCGGCUCUGAUGCCCAUGUGCAAUGGUUCCCGCAGACCCGGUUCCACCACAACCUCCUCGGGUUCACCCUGCAGGUCAACCAGAGCUCACGCCCAGUGCUGCAGGAAUUCAAUUUCUCCACCACCCACUUCCGGGUCCCCAACGCUGGUGCCAUCACCUUCCGGGUAAGGGCGAGGUCAGAAGUUGACCCAGGGAAGCUAAGCGGCUGGAGCAACACCUGGGGCCUAGUCUGCCCCCUCGAGGUGAAGUCUAUGACGACGGUACUGGUGACAUCGGCAGCUGUGGUUCUGGGGACAGGGCUCAUAGCAGCUGGGUUCCUGCUGUGCUGGAGGAAGUCGCUGCUGUCCCGCCUGUGUCCACCCAUCCCGCAUCUGCGCCUGCCCUUGGCAGGGGAGACAGUUGCAUGGGCCCCGGCGCCCGAGGACUGUGAGGUGACGCCUGUGACGGACGCCUGAGAACCGCAUGGGGGCGGGGCAUGG